AUGGAUUCUGUAACUACCAUCCUUCUUCAUUUUCUCCUAGCAAAUCCUAACUUCGGAUCUUCCACCUCGUGCCUCAAUGACAAUCGCGUCAAUUUCGUUUCCCCGGCAACCUGCGGCGCGUCGAUAUAAGUUUUCGCCUUCCACGGCCUCAGGCUUGCAGCGGAGGUACUUAUCAUCAUCCCCCGCCAUUAAUAUCGCAGCUCGUCGAUACAAUCAGAGCUUGGACAACGUUACUAGGAAAGUCCCGCACCAGAAUAUGAACAUCCUCAAGGCUCGCGAGGAUUUCAAGCGAUUUUCGUCUCCCGCUUCCGUUCUCUGUUACGAAGACAAGCUGAAUCUGUCUCAGGACCAAGCAGUAGGGACGGUUUCUGCUUCGCAAGCAAACUUCAUGCGUGUUAUAGUGCAAUCACUUCCUUCUGAAGCUUGUACUAUUUCUGAAUUGACUGAAGGUUCCAGUGGCACUCCAGGAGUUGCGGUGGAGCUUUUGUGUGUGGCGAAGGCGGUGUUGAAGAAGAUCAAGAGAAGAGUGAUGGUUGGGGAUAAAGUUCUCGUUGGUUCGAUUGAUUGGGUUGAUAGACGAGGAAUGAUAGAGAAUGUGUUUGGGAGGAAGUGCGAGAUUUCAGACCCUCCUGUGGCGAAUGCUGAUCAUUUGCUAGUGUUAUUUUCCUUGGAGCAACCUAAACUUGAGGCCUUCUCCCUCACUAGAUUCCUUAUUGAGGCUGAGUCAAGUGAAAUUCCUUUCACCCUUGCAUUAAACAAGUGUGAACUUGUUCCUGAAGAGGUUUGCAUCUUCAUGAAAAUGAAAAUAUUAUCAACCUUUGACAUUUUAUGAUUAGUUUAUUUAUAAUGGCAUUGAUAGGAUCUUAUUUGACUCGUAAAGUAUAUUAAGAGGAAAAAAUAUGGUUUUGUGAACUUUAUGCUGUGAGUUAUUCAAGUGUGUGAGGAAAUGCUUUAGCAAUGCCAAGUUUGCAAUGGAUCUUGCAAUUAUUCUUAAGCUGUAUAAUACAGUCAACCUGCAGUUGUAUCAGGAUUCUCCUUUUACACUAAUAAUAAAGAACAAGAAACUCCAAUUAGAAGAGAGAAGAAAUCAAUAAUACAAUUAUACCCCAUCUGGUUAAUCAGUACACCUAUAUAUAUUAGAGAUUGAACGCAAAAUGAACCUAUAAACGGAGAUAUAACCAACUACUCCUUCAGAACUUGCUUGAUCUAAUCGAUCCUCACGUCUCACCUCCUCAGGCAUGCUCACAUUAUCGUCAAUGGUUCUUUGAUCAGUCAGUGAAAAUCUUUCUAUAACUCUAGCUCCUAUCAAUGCAUGAAAUAAGUCUAUUUCAAUCUGUGAAUAGGUGUCUCCCGCCUAUCAUUCCACACUACAUCCGAAUCUUAACGAAUAUACACACAUAUGAGAUUCUGGCAGAAGAAAUGGACUCUUGAAACAAUUCAAAUCUACUUUGUUGUAUUCGCCACACGUAUAACUCAUUUGAUUUAGCUACCAAAAAUGCCAGAGUAUUGAAUGUAAGGUAGAAGAUCUGGUUUGGUUAAAGCUCCAGGUGUUUGAGAGAAUUCAGAUGAAAUUACGUGUCAAACUUAAACUCUUCUCAUUUGAUGUAUAAUCACAUACAUAUUACUUGUACAGUAUACUUGUAUACUAAAUAUAUGUUGCUUCAGGUUUUGUCAUUUCAAUAUCAAAUUUAUGGUUGGUGUUUGGAAUGAUUUAUCAUUUACAGUUCUAAUGUAGCUUUAGCAGAGAAUGCUCUAAGAAGCUUUUCCGAUUUUAGUGAAGUGAGCUUUUCAAAUCCUACAAUACAUUGGCUGCAUGGAGAUGUAGGCUUCACAAAUGGGGCUAUGAACCUAUCUUUUGCAGUGCUAAGUUGAUGCUUGGAAUUGAUGCUUUGCAGUUCAUUAUGAGAGAAAGGACCUCAGUAAUUGCGGGACCUAGUGGUGUUGGAAAAUCUAGUCUCAUUAAUGUGAUGAGAAUCAAUAAAUGUGGUGUCUCUGGUGCUGCCGACGGAGGCAUAGGUUCCUCUCAUCCAGUGAGCUUUUUCUCAGUUUCUGGCCUUUAAUAUAUUUUCAUAAAUUUCUCUGGAGAGACUUGUCAGAUUCUUGACAGAAAAUGGUUUGAAGAGCAGCAAAGUGUUGGGGAAGUAUCCACCAGAAGUGGAAGGGGGAAGCAUACAACCAGGAACAUUUCCUUACUUCCAAUAUCUGGGGGAGGGUAUAUUGCUGAUACUCCUGGAUUUAACCAGCCUAGUUUGACUAAAGUGACAAAGCAAUCCCUUGCUCAAAAUUUUCCUGAGAUCGUAAAAAGGCUUGAAGACAAAGAACCUGCGAAGUGUUCUUUCAGGAAUUGCUUGCAUCUCAGCGAACCAGGGUGUGUUGUUGGUGGAGACUGGGAAAGAUACCCAUACUACCUUCAGUUGCUCGAUGAUAUUAGAAUCAGAGAGGAAAUUCAGCUUAGGGCUAUAGGGACUAAACAAGAAAGUGAUGUCAGGUAUAAACCGCGAGAUAGAGGUGUUAUGCACGCCGAACCAAGGUUAGAACCGAAGAAACACAGGAGACAAUCCCGUAAGGAGGUGAACCAAUCAGUAUUGGACAAGCUGAAUGAACUUGAAGAUGAUGAAGACACCACAGAUGGAUCGAUGACAAGCCAACAUUAUUAAGGGAAAUGAUGCUACAAAGAUGUAACGGUAAAGAGAAAUUAAAUAUGGACAUUCUGAGCCGUACCCAUUUUCUUGGUUGAUGAUCACCAUCAUCCAUUGAAUGUGUCAUAUUUAAUGUUUCUCUAUAAUGUUCAUAUUUAAUGCCCGCUAACAUUAGUCUACAACAAAUUAACUCAUCAUCGAAGUUACCGUGAAUAAGUAGCGAGUGUGUGUUUGUCGAGGGGUUGAAACCGUUGCUUUUUAGAGGCUGAGAGUAUGUAGAUGUGACAGACUAUCACCACUGAAGAGGCUAAAUAGUUGUAGCUGGCAUGACAAUGUUGAUUAGUUUGUUGUGGCUUCCCCUUGUUCUUCCCUAAGUUUUUUACAUAUCCUGGACUCAUUGAAAGAAAAAAGAGAUACAAAAUGUAACAGUGUGAAUAGAACAACCCUAGUGUGGUAGAUGAUCUUUCAGAAUUGUAGUUAUCUUGUCCCGGAAAAUCCAUGUUCAUGUGGGUUAUAUUUUUGAAGGCCUAACGGUAAAUAUUCGGAUCCUUCCCAGAUUGUGAUUUUGGGCAAGUAUGUAAAAAUUAGUUGUAACUUUGGCAAACACUCCAACUCUCCAAGCUUACAUUGUCUUCCUAUGCGAAGCUUGCAUUGUUUCAAAAGUUGCAAGUAGGCUUGGACUCGGGUCGGGCCACUCGGCCCGUGGACCGGCCCGGCCAGCUACUGUACGGGACCGGGACCGGCCCGGUUCUCGGGUCCAGGUCCGGGUCGGGCCUAGGCCCGGGGGGUAGGGCGGGUCCGGGCUCGGGUCUGAAUUUUGGUGAACCGGCCCGCCGGGUCGGGCCCCGACCCGGGCCAAAUUGAUUUUUUUUAUUUUUUUUUUCAUUUUUGGGCUUCCACCCGGGUUGGGCUUGA